AUGUAUAUGCAAGGCGAUGAAAUCUGGCAUCCAUCUUGUGAGCAUUCUCGAACCACGGAGAACAUUGCGCCAUCGGCAAAGAGCGCCUCGUUGUCUUCUCGAAAUGAGCCAAAGUAUCAGUCAGCUUUUGGACAACAUCUCACAUACAUGUAUCUGCUACCCGAAGCUGAGCAAACAUAUUUGCGUCAUCCGAUAACAAAUCCAAAGGAACCAAAUGCUCCGCAAUUCCAUGUACCUCUAGGUCCUAUUAAGAUUCGUAAAUCUCGUCUUUCUAUGCUCAAAACGGGAAUGCAGCGUUUGACGGAGGAUCUCGAGAAGAAUGUACCUCGGCCGAAAUCGCCCCAUAUGGAUAACGAGGAACCGAUUGAAAUGGCUCAUUAUCCUGCCGGUCAUGCACCAGAUCCAGAUAAGCUUCCAGCCAUUGAGCGAGACGAUUUCCCAGCUCCUCCUUAUCCAUAUGCUGUAGAAGAACUGAAACGACGUUUGUCAACGUCUUCGAUAGAAAAUGAAAUUUCCGAUGACGAAUUGUCCGAAAGCGAAAGGAUUGAUGAAGACAAGCUUAAGAAGACUGUUGAGCAACUGGAGAAGUUCGAUGACUCGUCGAUUGCACAUGUUAUCAAACAAAAUAUUGAAGAAAGCCAUAAGAAACAAAGACUACCACUUCACUGGGAUCCUCGUAAUGCUAGUCGCACGCCGUCAGCCAAAAAGAUGCCACAUUUGCGUUUUCGUUAUGAUGUUCCAAUCAAUGCGUCACCUUCUCGUCAUCUUAAUCGUCCACGACCAUGGGUUGCUUGGCAGGGUGGCGAACGUGCUCAAGGAAAUACACUGCCAUGUUUCCAUGUGCCAGAGAGCAGAGGCAGUACAAUACGAGCAGCAACACUUCCGACCGGGUACAACUACGGGACACUUUCUAUGGAGAAUUUAGACACUACAAUAAGCAGUCAGUACUCAGACCAUUCUUUGGCUGGUACAAUUGGUGGAAUGCGAACUGUAGGAGAAAUGCGCCACACCUUACGCUCGUCGCUUCCUGAUAUGAGCAAACCAGCAAAAAUUUACGAUCUGGCUGAUCUUCAGACCACGAACAAGAAGCUACCAGAAGACGUUGAUAGGUGA